CUCUCGCACGAACAGAAAGUUUUCUUUAUUAGAAUUAAGGGCCGAUUUAUUUUCCCUCGCUUAACGUUUAAGUCACACCGGUAAACCUGGCGUAAAAGUUAAGCGGGGGUGAAGAAGUUACGUUUUUCAUAGGCAAUGGAUAAGCUACAAACGCUUACCUUCAAAUUCCUCGCACAAACGAUUUGUUUUUCGCUAAUUUCAAACGUCAUACCAUGUCAAUACUAAGGCAACUGAAUAAAUUCAUUCAGUGAAUAUGUGCAUCAGUUCAUUUAUGAUAACACUUAUAACACUAGAUCAAACUAGAUGGUCUGUAGGAGUAACUACAGUCGCUCCGAAAGAGCCAACAACUAAAGACGCUGGUGCACUAUUCACUCAAAAUCAAGCAGAUCAAACGUCAAUCUGGUUCUGCACAAUUUUACCAGACAUUCGGCAAACGUUGGAACAAUCCUAUUUGUCGUUUAUUCGAUAGUGUACUACCGGCAUACAGAUGCUAACUUCUUAUUUCCCGAUGUUACGCAAAAAGUACAACCCGACAUCGUACUCAGAGCAUCCGCUUCACUUCGCGGCGGCUGAGGAUAAUGCGGACUGCAUUCAGGAUUUGAUUGCGAAAGGCGCGAACGUGUACAAACCGCUAAAAGAUGGUGAAACUGCGCUGCACGUCGCGAUUUGGAAUCGACAGACAACGGCUUGUGAUAUGUUGCUGAAGAUUUAUGAAAGGGAUUUUUCAAGAGUUGAGGAGUAUUUGCGGCAGAAGUGCGCUUCGCUUGGAUUCGAUAAGUUUUGGUUUAACAAACUAAUUGCAGUGGCGUGUACGGAGGAAGAAUGCAAACGAGCAAGAGAAUUUGAAAGUUUGAUGUCUAGUGAGCACGUUGAGCCUGGGGAGGUAGAAUUGGUACUACUCAGUAGAACAUGUGAUUCGAAACACGUUGCCAUUAUUCAUGUUUCUGAGAGUAACCAACAGCAAGUGAAACAUUAUCUGGAAAGUGUAAAGCAAAACGGAUACCUGUCUUGGAAUUACUGUGGUCCGAAACAGGAGUGUGAAACCUAUUUGCAGAUUGCAGCUUUUCAAGGAAAUGCUGAUCUUCUGAAACGAAUGAUAUCCGCAGGAGCAGAUCCUGCGUAUCCCGGUAGAAAGCAAAUAACUCCCCUAAUGGAGGUUUGUAGCACAAACAACAUAGCUAUUGUUAAAAUGCUGUUGGAAGAGUACAGCAAUCUGAUUGAUCCAACUGCAAAAGACCAUAUCGGUCACACGGCUUUGACCUAUAUCCUACAAAAUGGGAAUGCUGAUACAUUUGACUACGUUCUUAAGAAGACGAUUACCUACAGAAAGGAUAAGUUCCUGGAAACAGAUAGUGAAGCAUUCAACAAAGUUUUUCGUUACGAACACUCAUCUUGGCCGGAACUUUCAAUUUGGAGUAUGACAGACGAAAAAUCUAGGGAAUCUUUCCUGGAGCCGUAUUUAAAGCAUUAUGCAUACGACCUUAGCUUUUGCUCCGGCUACCAGGUAAUGCUCAUGGAAGUGAUUAUUCGUCACACGGCAAAAAGCUACUACCAGGAAGAAAUCCGUCGAAAGCCAGAGUUGCUUGAACUAACCGACCCGGAAGGUUGCAACGUGCUACACUGCUUACUGUGGUCGGACGAGUUGAACUUUGUUCGGGAAUUGUACGCAUCGCGGCCGGAUCACUGUCGGACGCUGUUCGAGUGCGAUGGGGCGGUUAUUUGUCUAGCUAGCGUUAUUACGCACGGGAACUGUCCAGUUUUGCUGUUUAUAUUGGAACGACAUUAUGAAUUCGUUGAAACCAUUGCCGAUCAAAUGAUGGACAAUUUCUUCGAAGAGGAUUUGCUACCUGAGGGAAUGUUUGAUGAGCCCAUCGAUAUUUUGGUAGAACACCUGCCGCAGCUGGAGGAACGGGUCGAAGAAUUGAAGAAUAAAAUUAUGGAAGAGGAGAUGCAGAUGAUGAUGGAGGAAGAUUGCUACUAUCAGGAUUGA